AGUUCAACAAACCCUCUCACUUGUGGUAGGCGACGGGACCCGAGACUGGAUGUAACGUUUUGUCACUGACGACCAAUAAAUUACCAGCUCGUGCAGUUCAGAAACGUCAAAAGUUACAACUGUGCGCGUAACUAGGCCGCCUCAAUACACACACAUUUUUUUUUCUAAUUGUACAGUUAGGAGUCGAGUUAAAGGUGGAUAACCUCUAGGUUGAGAAGACUAUGAAAUGAUGACCAGACGAAAUGUUAUCGCAAUACUUCGACCAGGAAAGAACCUGCAAACAAGCUCUGACAUCAGCAUCCUUAGAUUUUCCUUUAUUUUGAAAAUGAAAUUCGGUGCCUGCGUCCUGUCUUUCGCUCUGGCUAUGCUCGUGGGUGUGGCCCAAGGCCAGUACGGUGUCCAAGAUUUCGUGGAAGGUGAAGACCUACUCCAUCGAGUGGUAUACAUCAAAAGAAAACUGUAUGCCGGCAUUAAUGACCUUGGUAACGUGUACGAUGAGAUUAAAGCUCGUUUCACCAAGCAGGGUGUUGACUUCAAGAACAGCGUUCAGAACACUGGAACAAAGUUGAUGGCCACAGUGAGAGGCGUUAUUGGUAUGACUCAUCGUUUUAUGGGUCACGUAUUUAUGUCCGCCCACCGUUUACCCUUCUCACACGUGUUUUACCACUACCAUAACCAUGAGGGGAGGACAUCUAUGGCGGUAAUUAAAUGGGCAGUCUGUGCAUGGAACCUGAAAAUUCGGAAAGUAGAAUUUGUUUCAUCAAAAUUGUGA